AUGAAUACCACUCCACAACUAAUUCUCGAUAUUGAGGAUGCUCUAGUGUCUGACGAGAACCCAGCCCGUGACAAUGGCACUCUCGACUAUGAACGCUGCGCCAGACUACACAAUUACUUAGUCGCGUAUGGUUGGAUGGCUCGUAACGAGAGAGACACCCCCGACCUUGAUACGCUAGCCAGUGAAAAGCAUUUCUUCAAUCAGCCAGAAGAGGAUAUAGCAGCCAUUCGAACUCGCCUUAUUACACCGCUUAACUCGUUCUUGGAUUUAAUCUAUGAUCCUCAACCUGGGCUCUUUUACUGGGUUGACUGUCUUGAGAUGAGGCCCGGCGACGAGUAUGUGUACGGUGACAACGAAAUGGACGAUGACAAAGAGCGAUUUGUUAUAAUCUAUGGCACCAACAUGAGUAUGGGCUCACAUAAUCUGGGUGUUCUUUAUGACCAACAACGCAAUCGGGCCUCAUUCCCAAUGACUAUAGAGAAUCUAGAAAGCGUGGAGCCUGUAGAUGAGCAUGAGGAGAUGUGGUUUCCGCUAGAGACCAUCCUAACCCACUGGAUAUAUAUGAUUCGAAUUGGGAAAAUUGUCGCAGGACUUCCAGAACGACUUCCUUCAGGCGAACCCCCAACAAACCGAUCACAAUUUGGUCUAUGGUCAUGGCUUCCUUACUGCGAGUUCCAGGUCAAUAGCACAGUAGCUGCGAUAGAGCGCUACUCAGCUGCAGUUGAAUCUCGCAUGUCUCCUGACUCCCUUCUGCCGAUUUCUGCGCCACUUUUUACUAGUGCAGAAUUAGAUGCGGCAGGUGUGCCGCAGGAUUGCUUUAUUCGCUCACUCUUAACACAGGUUAAGACUCCGCGUUUCAAGUUUAUCGCUCCUGGGCUGGAGGUUCCGCAUGAUAAGGAUGCGUUUGUGAGACGUCAGAGAUUCACGAAUAUACCCCACGAAGAGGAUAGUAUUCCAGGGGUCUUGGUAUUUGCAGCUCCAGACAGGCAGGUGGAUAUUCACGAUGAAAUCCAUUACUUAUUUUCCAUCGCACAUGACUACAAUUUGGAUAUAGAAGAUACCUCUAUUCCAACUGGACUCUACAGUGAACCUGUUUGUCGGAGCACUUAUGAUGUGGAGGAGGCCGGUUUCCAUAUCGUGCUUCCAUUUGAACUACGACCCGAGCCCUGGCAGGAUGGGGCUCGAAUGAGUGAUGGGACACAAGUUACGGCGGGCUCAUUUACGGAACUCUUUCAACAUGGUUCCUUCCAUCCAUUUGGAGGCGAAGGCCGAGCGCAGAGAUUGGAUAGUCUGUUUGACCGGUGGACGGCGAUGAUUGAAAGUGGUAUAUGGACAGUGGGCGAAGAUGGCGUGGAGGGAGGAAUCGAAAAACUCAGAGAAGCAGAUAGAGGUGACGGGACUGAAUAUUCGAUCGCACCAAGCUGGUGA